GAUGUAAUCAUUUGUAUGACAUCGUUUGAUCUAUGAAUGAUGUCACAUGGUGUCAUCAUGUGUGUAAAAUGUUGCAGUAGUGAUGACGUGUGAAAUCAUUUUUUACUGAUCGUCAUCAGUAAAAAAUCCUUGAGCCUCGAGUGAGAUAUCUCAUAGAAAAAUCGUUCCCUCAACGACACAAAGACUUUUUCAACUGGAUAGUCAAGAAACAAUGGCUUUUAGAAAAGUAUUCCCACCCACAAUAUGCAAGUGGAUAAAACCCCUUACAACUAAAACCUUGCCCCCAUCCAUAUCCACCCUGGCGAAAACACCCCCUGCGAAGACCACCCCCGCAAUACAGACAAAAACUCUUCUGAUCCAACACCCACGUAAGUGGGAAGAAGAGGAACCAAUGGAGUGGGAGACCACCCCCCCACCCCCAAUCCAACGGCUCCCAAUCCAAAACGGGAGAUCUGCUCGGGUGGCACCGCAACAACACAUAUCCACCAAGGGCAUAACACCCCCUGCGAGGACCACCCCCGCAAUAUCGACAAAAACUCUUGUGAUCCGACACCCACGUAAGUGGGAAGAAGAGGAACCAAUGGAGUGGGAGACCACGCCCCCACCCCCACUCCAACGCCCCCCAAACCACUUGAGGAGAUCUGCUUGGAUGGCACAGCAACAACAAAGAUGGGGUAAAACUCCUCCGGCUCCUCCUUCAAACCUAUGGCGGACAACUCCAAUGGUUCCUCAACAAUGUCUAAUAAAACCAGAGACACCAAUACAACCUCGGAUUGCACCGCAACAACAUAGAAAGGAAAGAGAGCAAGGAAUGGAGAGGAAGGCCCCCACCCAACCCCCACCCCCUUCAAACCUAUUUCCUAACACUCCUCCGGCUCCUCCUUCAAACCUAUGGCGGACAACUCCUAUGGUUCCUCAACAAUGUCUAAUAAAACCACAGACACCAAUACAACCUCGGAUUGCACAGCAACAACAUAGAAAGGAAAGAGAGGAAGGAAUGAAGCGGGAGACCACCCCCCCACCCCCACUCCAACGCCCCCAAAAUCUUUUGAGGAGAUCUGCUUGGAUGGCACAGCAACAACAAAAAUGGGGUACAACUCCUCCGGCUCCUCCUUCAAACCUAUUUCCUAACACUCCUCCGGCUCCUCCUUCAAACCUGUGGCGGACAACUCCUCUGGUUCCUCAACAAUGUCUAAUAAAACCACAGACACCAAUACAACCUCGGAUUGCACGGCAACAACAUAGAAAGGACAGAGUGCAAGGAAUGGAGAGGAAUACCCCCACCCAACCCCCACCCCCUUCAAACCUAUUUCCUAACAUUCCUCUGACUCCUCCUUCAAACCUAUUUUGUAAAACUCCUCCGGCUCCUCCUUCAAACCUAUUUCCUAACACUCCUCCAAAUCCUCCUUCAAACCUAUGGCGUACAACUCCUCUGGUUCCUCAACAAUGUCUAAUAAAACCAGAGACACCAAUACAACCUCGGAUUGCACAGCAACAACAUAGAAAGGAAAGAGAGGAAGGAAUGAAGCGGGAGACCACCCACCCACCCCCACUCCAACGCCCCCAAAAUCUCUUGAGGAGAUCUGCUUGGAUGGCACAGCAACAACAAAAAUGGGGUACAACUCCUCCAGCUCCUCCUUCAAACCUAUUUCCUAACACUCCUCCGGCCCCUCCUUCAAACCUAUUUACUAACACUCCUCCGGCUCCUCCUUCAAACCUAUGGCGGACAACUCCUAUGGUUCCUCAACAAUGUCUAAUGAAACCAGAGACACCAAGACAACGGGAUGCCACCCACCGACCCCGCCCAAUUCUCCGGGCCCAAAAUAAAUCUAACUUACCAAAAAAACAACUUAAAUUUUCGGAUUCCAAUCUCUGUCAUAUUCGUUAUUUUUAGUUUAGAGCUGUGAAUGUUGAUUUUUUAAAAAUGGUUAGUGUAGCGCUAGGUAAACCAAAACAAUGGUUGAACAUAAACAAAGUCUCACUCACUGUGAACAAAAAAAAGUCACAAUUUUUGGAAAUCGCCAUAUUCCUGCAGAUUAGGGAAGAAAAAUUGCUACUGAUGAUCAUGUGGUGGAAAGAGUCACUGAAACUGUGUUCCUUGGAAUAAACAUGGAGCACAAAAUAAGUUGGAAGCCACAGAGAGUAAGAGGAUGUGGCCUAGGAAGGACAAAAUCUUACAUAAAUGUAAAAGGGGGAAUAUUUAACUGACGUCAAAAAUGGUAAAGUCCUUCAGAGGAAAGUAGUGCUCUUGUAAGAUCCAAGAUGCUGGGAAGUGAUCAGAGCAUUUAAGUGCUUUGUUACAUUUACAGCGUCUAAAAAAAAAAAAAAAAAAAAAAAUACACAAAAAUUGAUCAAAAGGCGAUAAGGAAAGUUGACUUCACAUGAGAUUUAGAUUUUAGUCUUACAGUUAAAAUGUAUUUAUAAAUGUGUUUAGUAAAAUGUAGGUUCUAUUGAUUUAGUUUUAGUUCUAGUAGGUCAGGUAACCAGUUGUUUUACUUGCAAUAAAUAAAAUUAUGAAACUGACAUCCCUGCACAAAAAGGUAGAAUGGUAGAUAAAACAUGUUUUAUCUACCAUUCUACUUUAUGUGCAAGGACGUCAGUGAUUAGUUAUUCAAAGAUUCAAAGACUGUAUUGUAACUGUCAGGAACAGUUAAAUUGUGGGGGGUCCACCAGCAGCAAUGCACAACACAAUAAGAUAUAGAAAAGAAAUUAAAAAUAAGAACAAAAUAAAUAAGUAGAAUAAAAGUAAAAUAUAACGAAUUUAACAGUAAUAAUAAUGUGAAACUGUACAGAGGUAGGGCAAAGAGGAAAGUACACGACAUAAUUGCAGCAUCAAGGAAGUGUUGUAAUAAAUAGGCGAUAAGGAAAGUUGACUUCACAUGAGAUUUAGAUUUUAGUAUUACAGUUAAAAUGUAUUUAUAAAUGUGUUUAAUAAAAUGUAGGUUCUAUUGGUUUAGUUUUAGUUCUAGUAGGUCAGGUAACCAUUUUUUUUCCUAAGUUGUUUUACUUGCAAUAAAUAAAAUUAUGAAACUGACAUCCCUGCACAAAAAAGGUAGAAAGGUAGAUAAAACAUGUUUUAUCUACCUUUCUACUUUAUGUGCAAGGACGUCAGUGAUUAGUUAUUCAAAGAUUCAAAGAAUUUAUUGUAACUGUCAGAAACAGUUAAAUUGUGGGGGGUCCACCAGCAGCAAUGCACAACACAAUAAGAUAUAGAAAAGAAAUUAAAAAUAAAAACAGAAAAAAA